CGUGUCAAUUUGUGGUGACCUAACCUAAUUCUGCUAAUUAACUGCGAAAUAUGUAAAUUCAUUUCUAAUAUUUCUAUAAUAUUUUGCCUGCUUAUAAUAAUGUGUGAGAAUAAAUGAAGCAGGGCAGUUAACUUUAUUCCAAGAGAACAAAAUUUAUUAUUUUCAAUCGCAUUGAAAUACAGGGAUAUACUAGAGAACAAACGGACAAAUUCAGCAACAAACACUGCAAAACAUGAAGCUUGGGGCAAAGUUGCCACCGAAUUCAAUGCCACAAGUGCUGAUUUCAAUCACAGAUCAGUGGAACAACUGAAAAGGUUAUAUGAAAAUAAACGAAUGUUAGCCAGGAAAAAAAAGGCUGAUGCAAGACAAGACGUCCUGAAAACAGGAGGUGGACCACCUCCGAAAAACGAUGAAGAUGAGCUAGUGUUAGCCACAAUGGACCCGGUCACAUAUGAGGGACUAGCAUCCCCAUUUGAUUCUGACAAUGUGACUAGCAUCAAUAUAGAUCAAGGGGUUGAUCAAUUGGAUGAAAUUGAAUUGAUAUUUGAUCCACAGUGUGCACAAUCAAAGGUGAAUGAAAUGACCCAAGACCUGGGAGACCAUAUUAUAAAUGAAAAUAAAACUGAAAACGAUAAGUGUAAUGAAUCACAAAAGAGCACCGCAUCAUAUAAAUAUUAUCUAAGGACUUGGAAGAAAAUGAGAAAGGAGACACACCAAAGUGGAAAAAGUAUACAACAAAAGAUUUGAAAAGACCAAUCAGUUCCUCACUAAAGAGAGGAAAAAGAAAAGUUUUAAGUGAAAGAGUAGUAAGUCUGAAUUCUGAAAAAAGGUCAACAAAAGUUUGUUAGAACUGUAUAGCUAAAUAUUCACUGAAGUAUUUUACUUCCAGGUAUCAGAUGGAAGAAGACCUAUGUCAACAAUAGUGAGGUCACUUGCAUCUAAUGCUUUAGCACAAAAAUAUAAUGAUCUAGCUGACAAGAAAAAUAUCAUCUGUGAUCAUCUUAUAAAGAAAAUUGAAAGAGAAAGGUUGUUCCAAGAAGAGGAGCAUCAAUUAAAUAUCAGAAUCCUUGAGCUAGAUAUCCAGAUAAAAGCAAAACAGUUAGAACAACUGUCCUCUAAUUAAGCCUUUUCUUUAUAAAAUAUCCAUUUUAUUUUUAAUCCUGAGUAACAAAAGAUUGUUUGUUUUUUUAAAUGUUUGCUCAGGAUAAAUUUGUAGGAACUCUGUUUAAGUUGCUAGUCUUUUGUAAACACUAUUGUGAUGACUUGUGAGGGUAAGUUGCAAAAAAACGUGUUACAUUUUAUGUUCCAACUGUGUUCUAUAUAAUCAGAAUUUAUGCUGUUUCUGUUAUUUAUGGUUUUUUUGUGAUACUUCAGUUCAAUUUCUGCUGCAUCUCAAAUAGCUUUGUUUUGAUGUGACAGGCAGUUGGAUCUUUACCGUUUCUGUUGAGUUUGUGUUACUGUAGUGAAG